AUGUUAUCUUUAUUUUUGAUGUUAAUUUUUAUUGAAUAUAUAUACGCUGGAGUUAAAGACGAUUGUUUGAGUGAAAUGAACAGCGUUGGUUUAGUACAUAAGAUUGCAGGACAUGGAGAUUCAUAUAGAGAAGAUAAAAAAGAAACAAGAAAACAAUUGACAACUUGGAACAUAGUUGUUUCAAUACAACAUUACAAUACUCAGCAAGAGAGUAUAUCAUAA